AUGCCUGUGGAUUUCAGUGGAACCUGGAACCUUAUCAGCAAUGACAACUUUGAAGGUUAUAUGGUGGCCUUAGGUAUUGACUUUGCAACACGCAAGAUAGCAAAAAUGCUGAAGCCUCAGAAAGUGAUCAAACAAGAUGGCGAUUCAUUUUAUAUCCAUACCACAAGCACAUUCAGAGAUUAUUUGCUUCAAUUCAAAAUUGGAGAAGAGUUUGAAGAAGAUAAUAAAGGCCUGGAUAACAGAAAAUGCAAGAGCCUAGUUACCUGGGAAAAUGACAAACUUGUCUGUGUCCAGACUGGUGAGAAGAAGAACAGGGGCUGGACUCACUGGCUUGAAGGAGAUGACCUCCACCUGGAGCUUCGUUGUGAGAAUCAAGUAUGUAAACAGGUCUUCAAGAGAGCUUGA